AUGUUCGUCCGGAAACCCUGGAGAAGAGAAGGGCUUUUGAUACCACAGAAGUAUUUACGAGCUUUCUUUACAAAAGAUAAUUGGAUUCCCGACGCAGAGAGAAGUGCAAGAGAGAGAAGAUCGAAGAAGAUGGGGGGAACGACGGAUUAUAGCGAUUGGUCGCAUGAGAAUUUGAUCAAGAGGGUUACUCAAUUAGAGAAGGAGCUUAAAAGCAAUACGAAAAGCGUAACCCCUCUCCCCAAACGAAAUCUCCAGAAACCCCGCCGUGAACGCGAUUUCGACCCCUCCAAAUACAACACUCGACUCAUAGCUCUCAAACUUGCAUAUUUGGGAAAACGAUACAAUGGAUUCGAACAUCAUGCACACCCAACACCUUUGACUACCAUUGAAGAAGAAUUGUGGCAGGCGUUGAAUAAGGCUCGUCUUAUAUUUCCUCAAGGGGUCAAUCCUCUGGCGCCGGGAGAAGUCAAUUGGGAGGGAUGCGAAUAUUCGAAAUGUGGGAGGACGGAUAAGGGUGUUAGUGCUUUUGGACAGGUCAUCGGGAUUAGAGUUAGGAGUAACCGACCACUGCCUAAAUCGAAAGCGAAAUCCACACAAGAAGAAUCUGUAGAGGGAGAAGCUGGUGAAGAGGAAGAUAUGUAUAAUACGUAUCCGAGAGAAAACGGCAUCGAAGUCACGUCCGCGCCGCUAUCCCCAUCUGCAGGCGUCCCAGGACCACAGGGUUCCGAUAGUGGAACGUUCAAUUUGUCGGAUCCGGAGAUUCAGGAAAGUCUUGAUUUUGAUCAUAUCACUGAUGAGAUACCUUAUCCACAAGUUCUCAAUCGUCUUCUACCACCCGAUAUUCGUAUAUUAGCGUGGUGCCCAUCACCACCUGUGGAUUUCUCUGCUCGUUUCUCCUGUCGCGAACGCCGUUAUCGAUAUUUCUUUACUCAGCCUGCGUUUUCUCCUAUUCCUUCUCAGUUGGAACAUGGUACAUCGGCUAGUAAGAUGAAAGACGGAUGGUUAGACAUCGAUGCUAUGAGGGAAGCGGCGAGGUUGUAUGAGGGGUUGCAUGAUUUUAGGAACUUUUGCAAGGUGGAUCCGGGAAAACAAAUCACCAAUUUUGAAAGGAGGAUCUUUUAUGCGAAUAUCGAGGAGGUGGAUGACUACACAAGCUCGCUGGCUUAUGUUAAUGGAAGUUCAUUCCUUGAUGAAUCAGUUCGUUCCAAAAAGGAUGGUGAAAGUAAGGCUCCUAAAGUCUAUACUUUCGACCUUCAUGGUUCGGCAUUCCUUUGGCAUCAAGUACGUCACAUGGUUGCGAUUUUGUUUCUGGUAGGGCAAGGUCUAGAGAAACCUUCUGUGGUAUCGGAAUUAUUGGACGUGGACAAGAAUCCAGGAAGACCUACUUAUGAAAUGGCAACCGAUACUCCUCUUGUUCUCUGGGACUGUAUCUUUCCCCACGAAGAUGACGAGUCUCGAACCGACGCUUUGGAUUGGCAUUACAUAGGCGACUCGCCCGGAUUCUCCGAGGGUAAAUUUGGACAAGCGGGUUUGAUGGAUGAUUUAUGGAAAGUCUGGAGAGAACGUAAAAUCGACUCGAUUCUCGCGGGUGAAUUGAUGGGGAUUGUGAGUCGUCAAGGAGUGGAUGCGAGUGAGCUAAGUGGAGGUAAAGGAGGGAAAGGAAGGAGUCAGAAGGUUUUCGAUGGGAGUGACAGUCCGAGGUUUGCGGGGAAGUAUACAAAGGUUAUGGAUAAGACGAGGAUGGAGACAGUGGAGGUGGUUAAUGAGAGGUAUGUGGUUAGAAAGGGGUUGGUGGCUAAGGAUCAAAAGAAGGGGUUUAAGAGGAUGGAGAAGGAGGGAGAAGGGAAGAAGGAUGGAGAAUAG